CUUGAAGCAAAACUAGUCUGAAAACAAGACGUGCAACAAGUGACUUUGAGCAAGUGAGAGGAGAUGGAGCUUUCGCUUAGUGUCACAGCUGUUUACAGAGCUUGACCAACAAACAAACGCAUAUUGGAGGAUAAACGACAAACAGCGGUGAGCCUUAUCCAGACUGAGGGAUUUGGUUGUUUCAGUGUUCCUGAUGGAGUCGUACAGAGUUGGUGGCAUGCCAAACACUGGAAUAUCACAAGCCUAUGCACAGCCUUCCCGUUCAAGGGGCCAAAGCAAUGGAACCUAUGGCCUUAGUAUCAGAGUUCAAGGCAUAGAUGGACACCCCUAUGUGGUCCUCAAUAAUCAGGAGAGAGGGCCAAACCCUUAUGCAGUCCCUCAAAAUAAUAAUGGAUAUGCUAAUUCUGAAAGCCCAUUUAAUUACGAUGAAUAUGAUUUCAAAGGGACCAGAAAGGAUCUUUCUGAUGGUCCAUAUAUGGAUUUUUUGUCACAGAAGGUCUAUGGAGGUCCUCACAAUGGAAGUUCAGAUCCUAAGAAGCAAUCUAGUCUUUUGAACUUCCAAAAGCAUCCAGAACUUCUCAAGCCAUAUGAUCCUGAAAGCAAUACGCUUGACAGCUUUCAAAGUUUACCUGAAGUUGAAAUUCAAAAUCCCUACCUGGUACCCCAACCCACAACCAAUUCCCCAGUUGCUAGCCAAGCCAGAUCCUCCAGCCUAGUUCCAGAACCAUUUUUAACAGAUAACAUGGGACAUGCCCAACCUCAAGUUCGUCCCCAGACACUGCCGUUCGACAGCCGUCCACAAAGAGGUCCGACCAAAGACCAAGUUCAGACCCAGCCUCAGGUCAAACCCCAGGUUCAACCACAGUCUCAGGUCAAGGCACCUUUCAAGAAUCCAGUGCCCUACCAGACUCAGUCACAGCCCUCAAAACGCCUUCCAGUUCCUCAGCCAUCUACAGUAGCCAGCAAGCCCAGUGACCAGACCAGGGCUUUGUCUAGACCUCCUAGCUCAGUGAGUAGUGCCAACUCCAGUCUGGAACGAAGCCGUCGUGAGCCGGAUGUGCUGCCCUUACGCCGAUUUGACUCCAGUGGCCCUGUGCUACAGACUUCUUCCUCCAGAAACUCCUCUGUGGGCUCCACCACACCAACCAAGGAAGACCAGUUGGAGCAGCUUUAUUCAGAGAGUAUCAACCGUCAUGAGAAUCGGCGCUACAUACCCUUUCUGCCUGGCACAGGUCGGGACAUUGAUACUGGUUCCAUCCCAGGUGUGGAUGAGCUUAUAAAGAAGUUUGACAGCAAAGAGACUCAGCAGCGCAGGGGACGGUCAGGGCGGAGGAAUCGACUGAAUCCAGAAGACCGCAAGCGUUCCCGUAGUGUCGACAGUGCCUUGCCAUUCAGUCUUGGGGGCGACUCUGACUACUUGGAUGAAGUUUCCCGAAAUAGAGGCAGGUCUACAGAGCAUCUCCUUCGCCCAUCACUGCUCCUGCAGAAGGGCAGUGGAGUGAAGAGCUCCCCAGUGUCACCAACUUCCACUACUGGUCCAAGGAUUAGCCUAAGAAGCACAACACAAGUGAAAAGUGCUCCAGGCUCACCUCAGGGGACAGUUUCUAACUCUUCAGCUGCUAUUUUGGGGAACAAGAAUCCAGAAAAUCGCCCUUCUGUGGCACCUGUAGAGAACAAGAAUGAAAAGGCCAAACCAUCACAGAGUGUAAAGUGCUUUUCAAGUGUGACAACAGGAUCGAUUUCUCGUCGUUCUGUCAACGGUAAAACAUCAAGUACUGAAGUGGAUGCUCAGGUGACACCUGAUCUUCUAAAAGGUCAACAAGAGCUUUCACAGCAAACAAAUGAAGAGACUGCCAAGCAGAUUUUAUUCAGUUACCUGAAAGAUGGGAGCAAUGAUAAUGACGACACAACCAAGAGGAAGGUCAACCUGGUGUUUGAAAAAAUCCAGACCUUGAAGUCACGGGCCGCUGGGAACGUGCAAGGCGACAACAAAUCUCCAGACCUUUCAGCGCAGGCUAAAGCUCUUCAGGAGCAGAAAGCAGAACUGGAAAAAGAAAUCGCUGAUCUUAAGAAACAGCUUGAGAAUGAGAGCAAGAAGCGCAGUGAUCUGAGUGAGAUGCAGAUGAAGGCGGGAGCUGGAGUAAAAGACUUGAGGAGAGAGCUGGAGCAGAGUCAAGCCGAGUGCAGUAGACUGAGGGACAAGCUGAGUAAAACAGAGGCUGACCUGCGCACUACAGUGGACGAACUCUACCAGGUGAAAAUGGAGAAAGAGCAGUACCAGACUGAGAUCCGAGACCUGCAGGAUCAGCUUUCAGAGAUGCACGAUGAGCUGGAUAGAGCCAAACAAUCUCAAACAGACAGCACAGACAAAGAGGCCAUGAUGGAGGACUUCAUGCAGCUAAAAAUAGACCUCCAAGACCUGCUUCUGACCAGAGAGGAGCAGGAGGAGCUGCUGAGGAGGCGGGAGAGGGAGUUGACCGCCCUUAAAGGAGCUCUCAAAGAGGAGGUGGCAACUCACGAUCAGGAGGUGGAUAAACUUAGGGAGCAAUACGAAAAGGAGAUCCGUAAACUGCAGUCGGUGGCGGAGGAUGCCAAACAGAACCAUGUUACAGCCAAUAAGGAGAAAGAGGAAGUGGAAGCAGCACGAAAGGUUUCUGAGAGCCAGACAAGCCGUCUGUCUCAGGAGAUUGAGAGACUGCGCAAGAGGGCACAGGAGCUGGAGAACGAAGUGGCCAAACUCAACCGCAUUAUUGAUGAAGCCAAACUGCAGGAGAGCCGGCUGGGGGAGAGAGCCAGUAGACUAGAGAACGAGAAUAGACAGUUGGAGGAGUCUCUCGCUGAGGUCAGAGAACAGGAAGAGGAAAUGACCCGUGCAAACCGUGCUUUGAGCACUCGCCUAGAGGAUGUGCAGAGAAACUUGACCAAAAUGACUCAAGAGCACCACGAGCUGCAGGAGCGACUGAAGGAGGAGAAGAGUCUGAAAGAGCAGUUCAAAAACACCAAGAACGAGAUUGAAGAUGAGAGGAGGCUACUGGACCGCACUGUGGAGAAACUCCAGCGGGAGAUGAAUGACAUUGUGGAGGCGUCACAGAGCUCAACUCAGGAGCUCCAGGAGCAGAUAGACAUGUAUAAAGAAAAGAACCGAAGAGAAAUGGCAGAGCUGCAGAAACAGCUGAGAGAGGGAGGCUUAGAGCUAGAGAAAUCACGCCUCACUGCUAAGACGCUUCAGGAAGAGCUGGCUCAUGUGCAGGAGGAUCUGCGUCAGUGUCAGAGAGACAGAGAUGAAGCGCUGCAGACAGUGAAGGACCUGGAGCACAAGGUUUUUGAACUGGAGGUCGAGACGGAAUCCAAAGCUCACUCAAACGACAAAACCAGACAAGUCAAAGUUUUAGAGGACCGUCUGUCUGCAGUGCAGAUGGAGCUGGAGGAGGAGAGACAGAGCGGAGAGUUGCUGAUGGACAGAAUAGACAGAGGAAGAGAACAGUUGGAGCAGAUGAGGAAUGAGCUGAUGCAGGAGAGAGCCAGCAGACAGGAUGUGGAGUGUGACAAGAUCUCCCUGGAGAGACAGAAUAAAGAUCUGAAGAGCAGGAUUGCUUAUCUGGAAGGAUCUCACAAGCCUAGUAAGGAUGGACUGGUGUCCCAACUGGAAACCCGCAUCCAGGAACUGGAGGAGAGACUGGAAGGAGAAGAGAGGGAUCGAGCUAACCUGCAGCUGGCAAAUCGACGUCUUGAGCGGAAGGUGAAAGAAAUGAUGAUGCAGGUGGAUGAAGAGCAUCAUUCACUGCAGGAUCAGAAAGAUCAGCUGAACCUGCGUCUGAAGGCUCUGAAGAGGCAGAUGGAUGAGGCGGAGGAGGAGAUCGACCGACUGGAGCACAGCAAAAAGAAACUGCAGAGAGACCUGGAGGAGCAGCAGGAGGCCAACGAACAGCUCCAGAGUCAGCUCAAAACACUGCGCACUGAGAUGAGGCGUAAGAACAACUCUGCACAAGUCCUGAAUGCAGAUGAUGACGACGAUGAUGAUGACAUCAGCACUGAUGGCGAGACUUAUUUCAGCUCUUCCUCCGGCUACAAGCGCUCCAGCAGUCAGGAUGGCAUCAUCUCCAGUUUCUCAAUGUGAAAACCGUACCGCAAACUGCAAAGGAGGUAUAACGAAAUGCGGAGUUAUGAACUCCUUGCCACUAUUUCAUGAAACCAUGAGUCCACUCCUAAUGCCUUUUCCCCUCAUGAUGAUAUAUUUUUGCUAGAUUUUUGUACAAGUAAUAUUUUAUGUGCGCAGCCCUAUUAGAUACUGUAUAUCACUGUAUAUUUUCUUAAAAGACAGUGCGUGUCAAAUGUGUUUGUCUUGUGAAACAUCAUUCCACUGAAUCCACUGGCAUAAACAAAGCUAAAAUGAUCAUUUGACUAUCCGGAAUGUGAAGGACUGACAGAUCUGAAGACUAAUUCUACAAUAGCAAGGGAAGUAUGUAUGAGGGAAUUUUUAUAUGUAUCAAAACACAGUUAUGGCCAACAGAUUUUUUUACUGAAUGGACAAGCAGAUUUUUUGUACUAUUCAUAUCAAUGUAUUCAUAAGCUGCUUCCACUCCUGUACAAUUAAAACAAUCACAUUUAACAUUAUUCCAAACACAAGCGCCUUGAAAAUGUACAAAGAUGUUAAGCCGAAACUGAAACUGUACACCUGAAAUGUUACAUUGUAUCCACACAUUUAUGUUUCCAGGACUUUCAUUCCUUUCUGAAACACAAAACAGUGUUAUGGAUCAAACCAUAUGAGCCUGUAAUAUUGUAGAAAACAUUCCUUAUGCAAUACCUUGUAUAUUACUGUUCUGACAAUCACCCUUUAAACAACACUGUGAUGAUUUGCACUGUAUGUUGAAGUGAACUCUUUGUGUGUCCGGUGCUUAAAUGUUGUGUAAUGGAACAAUAGCACUAUUAUUAGUCAUUAGUGCAUUUUUUUUAAGGUUCAAAAUGAAUCCUGCCUCUACCUCUCUAUACACACACACACACACACACACACACACACACACACACACACA